CACUCAGCAGGUUUGGGGGGGGGGGGGGGGGGGGGGUUGUCUAGUUGGCUGAAUUAUCUGCGCACACCAACUGUUUGACGUUUUACCCGAACGAAGCAUGUUCCGUGUUGGGUAUCAUCUGGGUAUUGUAUGAUUCGCUUUUGUUGGGCGGUUUUAAAUCGAGGGGUGGACGUGCGAGAGCGCCCUCUUGCCCAUUGAAUUAAUAAAUUGGUGGAGAAAGAAAAUGACAGUGAGUGAGCGGAACCUGAACCUGAAGUUGUGGUCAGACAUGCUGCUUCAAUAAUUGUUGGGUAAAGAAAAGCAUUCUGCGAGUCUGGCCGGAUGGCAGUUGCGCUGAUAAAUAAUUGUUAUUGUGGUGGUGGCUGGUUCUCUAACUUAGAAGGUGAUGAACUUGGGAUGGGAGGAGACCUUGUAACUGUGGAGAAGAACUUGUGAGCGAGAUAAAACUAUGAAAAAUAAUAUUUAAAAGUUUCCAGUUGGCGUCAAUGCGUGAAAUGCUGAUGAUCUUUACAAUGGAUAAGCUCUUCCUUAGAUUUGACUACCACAGAGAUAUCAUAAGUGAUGCAGCCAUUUCACACUCUAGGCUGCCUGUCGCAGUCAAGAAAGAGAGAGAAAGAGAGUGGUCAACGCAUCCAUAGAAUCAGAGCCAAAGAAAAGACUGGACAAAACCAGAGUAUUGCAGUUCCUCCCUUCCCAUAACCCCUUGCAUCCAACUUUUUAUCAUGUUCUUUGCAUCUGCUGCUCCAUCCGCUCUCCUCAUGGGAUUCCUCUUCGUCUUGCCUACAAUUUUCUUCUCUUGCACUCUCGUCUCAGCGAUUCCUUUCUCAGAACUCAUAUACCCGAAUUUCACUGGUUCAUACCUUCAGUUCAUAGACGCCUCCGGUGCGUUUCUGUUAUCUCGUAACGGAACAUAUAAAGCUGCCAUUUGCAAUCCUGAUGCUCAACAAAUCAACUUCUACCUUUGUGUCGUUCAUGUAGCGUCUAACGCCAUGAUCUGGUCUGCUAAUCGGAAUCAGCCUUUCUCUGAAGCCGGUAACAUUUAUCUUACUUCCAAGGGGAUUACCAUUGUUAAUGGAACAGGCAAUGAGGUAUGGUCGGCUCUGCCAAAUCAGUCAUCUGUAAAUGCUUUGUUGCUAAGUGAGAUGGGUAAUUUGGUCCUAGUUGAUCGAGCCAACGUUUCGUUGUGGGAAAGUUUUCAUAAUCCAACAGAUACAAUUGUGAUCGGGCAACACUUGCCUGUAGGAACGUCACUUUUCAGUGCAGUAUCAGCUUCUGACUUGUCAACUGGCGACUACCAGCUUGGACUUACUUCUUCAGAUGCUAUAUUGCAGUGGAAUGGACAAACAUAUUGGAAAUUGUCAAUGGAUACCAGGGCGUACACCGUUUCAGGUUACAUGGUUGAGUUUAUGACCAUAAACAGGACAGGCCUGUAUCUGUUUGGUAGCAAUGGUUCAGUGGUUAUUCAGGUGGCCUUGGUAUCUGCUGAUUUCCAAAUUGCCAAGUUGGAUGCCUCCGGCAAGUUCACAGUCAGUAGCUUUUCCAAUGGGAAAUGGAACCGGGAGUUUCUGGGGCCAUCUGAUAGUUGUCGACUCCCGUUUGUCUGCGGCAGAAUUGGGCAGUGUUCGGACAACUCCGCUUCUAAUACUCCUUCAUGUUCAUGUCCCUCUAAUUUCCAUCUGAGUUCUCCGAAUUCUAAUACUUGUGCGCCAAUUGAUGGUUCCUUUGCAUUAUUUUCAGCCUGUAACUCAUCAAAUAAUGGUAGUCAAGUGAAUUCGUCUGCUGCCUCAUAUUUGACCAUCGGAUAUGGCUACGACUACUUCUCCAAUGAUUUCUCUCAGCAACUGAACUAUGGGUUGAAUCUGUCUGUCUGUCAAGAAGUCUGCUCAGGUGAUUGUUCUUGCUUUGGAGUAUUUUAUGAAAAUUCAUCUGGUUCUUGUUAUAAGAUUGAAAAUAAGUUGGGGUCCGUUAUAUUGAGCACUAACAGUGAAAAUGAUCUGUUGGGAUACAUCAAAGUUGUGGCCGCCGCUUCUACUAACUUUAAUGGUAACAACAAUUCCGGUGACCAAAGUCAAAAGCUUCCUGUGGUUGCUCUUAUACUGUUACCUGCCGCCGCAUGUUGUGGCCUAAUUGCAAUAGGAUUUGUCUGGUUGAGAAGACGGAGAAUCUCAAAGUUAGGGGAGGUAAAAUUAGGCCAACCUAACUCUCCUUCCUCGGAAGAGCUUGAUGCCUUCCACAUCCCUGGCUUACCUAGAAGGUUUGAUUAUAAAGAGUUAGAAGUUGCUACAGAUAACUUUAAGACCCAUAUAGGGUCAGGUGGGUUUGGUGCUGUAUAUAAAGGUAUACUUCCUGAUAAAACAGUCGUUGCUGUAAAGAAGAUUACCAACUUAGGGAUCCAAGGGAAAAGAGACUUCUGCACUGAAAUUGCUGUAAUUGGAAAUAUCCAUCAUGUCAAUUUGGUUAAACUGAAAGGUUUUUGUGCCCAAGGUAGAGCUCGCUUGUUGGUUUAUGAGUAUAUGAAUCGUGGGUCACUGGAUAGGAUCCUCUUUGGCACUGGACCUGUUUUGGAAUGGCAAGAGAGGUUUAAUAUUGCACUAGGAACAGCACGUGGCCUUGCAUACUUGCACAGCGGUUGUGAACAGAAAAUUAUUCAUUGUGAUAUUAAACCGGAAAACAUUCUUCUGCACGAUCAAUUCCAGGCAAAGAUCUCCGAUUUUGGACUUUCAAAGCUUCUGAGCCCGGAGCAGUCCAGCCUCUUCACUACAAUGAGAGGCACUCGUGGCUACCUUGCACCUGAAUGGCUGACAAACUCUGCGAUUUCUGAAAAAACAGAUGUUUAUAGUUUUGGGAUGGUGUUACUUGAACUUGUGAGUGGCAGAAAAAACUGCUUAUUGCGGACUCAAAGUCACAGUUUGGAGGAUGAUAGCAGUGGUUCGCACUCAUCCUCAUCAUCAGGGUCGGGACUCGUGUAUUUUCCUCUGUUUGCCUUAGAGAUGCACGAACAAGGAAAGUACUUGGAACUUGCUGAUCCAAGACUAGAGAACCGGGUGACAAGUCAGGAGGUUGAGAGAAUGAUACGAGUUGCUCUGUGUUGUGCACAUGAGGAACCAUCAUUACGGCCAAACAUGGUAGCUGUAGUUGGAAUGCUUGAAGGGCGGAUCCCAUUUUGUCAGCCUAGAGUAGAAUCCCUGAACUUUUUGCGCUUCUAUGGGCGUCGGUUUACUGAGGCUUCCGUGAUAGGAGAAGAAAACGGAUCAAACAAUGCAAUCUUAUAUUCUCAAGCGAACGCUUUUCUUACAAGCGCGGCUGGCGGUUCCUAUAGAGCGGUCUCUUACAUGUCUUCUCAGCAAGUUUCUGGCCCGAGAUAGCAAUGAUCAGCUUGGAGUUUUACUGCUUGUAACAGAUAGUGUAAAUUCUUGAAUCACAAAGCCCUUAAUGUAGACUGGAAUUGUCACUUGUUUCCUUCCUGGUAACCAGAGUCCUUACUUUCCAAAAUCAAAAGAGAUCUGAGAUGUUUAACGUCAUCAGAUCUGGGUCCUUUGUUGCUUGAACAGGGCGACUCUUUUAGCUAAGUAAUUGACUUGCAUGAUUAAGAGCUUCGAAGCCUUUUGUAU